AUUGGGUACAUGUAUGUACUAUGUACAUACAUACCAAGCAGUCGGUUAUUACGUAAUAGCUUCAGACUCCCAUUGCCCCGGUCAUCAUAUGGAUCGGUGUUUCCCGCGACUGACUCAGCCUUAUAGAAACCGACGCGGCAAAUAAAAAAAAAGUUAUUGAAGUUGAAGGCGAUAAGCCCCUCAGCGACAAGCCAUUUAUUGGAAUUCUACCUUCAAUUCCUAUUUCAUACAAUUACACACGCCUCAAAAUAUCCUACAAUCUUGCUUUUUGCCUUUAUAUUCUUUUAUUUCUAGACUUAAAUUAUCAUCAUGGGUUGGUUUUGGGCAGACGGUCCUCAGGGCAAAGUCCAAUUACAGCCUUUAUCGCAUCGCUCUUUUGGAUCCCAAGAUGGAGGGCGCAUACCCCCUGUAAGCCAUAUUUAAGCCCCUAGACGCCGUACAUACACUCUAAUUAUCCUCGACAUAUAUAGCCAGGUUGUCCUAUGCAUAAACACCAGAAGUCAGCCGAUGCAUUGACUUCUCCUCCAGCCGCCUGUCCGGUGAAGCAUACCGCCGAUGCCACCAAACCUCCCUCGGCAUGCCCUGUGCCCCAUGAGUCUAGAGGUGGCUGGAAAGAAGAACGCGAUUCACAAUCGACAUUUUCGAAACUAAACCCUUUAAAUUACAUGUUUCGCGACCUUUCGCAAGUACCGGCUCCGGACCAAACGCAAGCUCUUCCUACCUCUCGAGAACCUUCAACUAUUCCCAGAGGCGAUGGAGACGGUAAUUGGGAGUACCCAUCCCCCCAGCAGAUGUACAAUGCUCUCCUUCGCAAGGGCUACACAGACACAGAUGUUACUGCGAUAGAGAGCAUGGUGAGCGUGCACAAUUUCUUGAACGAGGGAGCAUGGGCCGAAAUUAUGGAUUGGGAAAAGCGAUUCGCGGGAGGUCUAUAUAAGGGAUGGCAGUUGUGCAGCCAUGGCGAACAGAACUUUGAGAAUAUGGCGAAAAAAUACGGAUAUGAGAAGGAAAUGGAGGAUUUAAGCCCGAGCCUUGUCAGGUUCCAAGGGCGGCCAAAGGACAUGACACCUAAGGCUACUAUGUUUCAAGUCAUGGGAUGGCUCUACCCUGCGGCAUUCGGUACUGAGCCACCCUUCGAUCGACACGACUGGUACGUAUCCCGAGAUACGGACGGCCGACGGAAAGAAGUUCGUUAUAUUAUUGACUACUACUCUGGACCACCUGAGCCUACGGGAGAGCCAGUAUUCUUCCUUGACGUUCGACCUGCCAUGACACCGAGUGGAGCGGCUGAGAGGGCAUUAAGAUGGGGAUGCGACGUAUGGUGGAAGGCUAUAGGAGGUGACGCCCGCGAGGAAGAAAAACUAAGGAAGAUGAACGGGUAAAGCGGCUAUAUAUGUGACGACUACGACUAUAAUUGAUGUCGAUUAGGCACGGAGUUUUGGCUUACCUUUCGGGAUGUACUAUAAGGGAAGGCUCAACGGUUCUUGCGACACCUGGCGACGCAUCAUGAUUCCUCAAAAUUCACGAAGUAUUUGUUUUCCUCUGUAUCAUAGUUCGCAGCCUCUACCAUCCCCUCUUCAGCUAAAGAGUAGGAGUAAUAGACUACGUGUCUAAACAAUAGACAAACUCCAACAAAUAACUUGUAUACUUAGGAGGUAGGUAUCUUUAGUUGAUAGGGCAUGAAGUAUGCAGGCUGAGAACGACGUAGCAAACGCUAACGCCGUGUUGCACGUCUUCCUCCGGUAAUACAUUUUUGUCGUGAAAGGCCGCUGGGGGAUACUAUGUAAUAAACCGGGUAAAUUGCCGCGGCAUAUCAACUCUUUGGGCACUACAAUAAAGUCCCAUCUAUGCCUCUAGUUCUAGACGCAUGUUAGAAUUGCUAAAUUUUAUUAAUAAUAG